ACACUGUUGAGUGUGAUCUUCACUUCUCUGAGAAGAAGCUUCCAAUUGCUGUCUUAGCAAGUCCACCUGGUGCAGGGAAUACAUGGGUUCGUUAUCUCUUACAACAAGCUACUGGUAUAUACACAGGAUCAGUGUACCAUGAUCAAGGACUUUAUGAUGCAGGCUUUCUUGGUGAAAUGGCGAGUCCUUAUGAUGGACAGGUUCUUGUCUCUACAAUAAAAAAUCCACAUGACAUGUUGAAUUUCUCAGCUGUUAUUUUACUGAUCCGGAAUAUAUAUGCCGCGACCUUGUCUGAGAUUAACAGAAAGAUGACAAGUAACCAAACAGUCAUUGCUGAUUUCAAUAAAUUCGUACUAAAUACGGCUAAAUAUCUUUCUCAUGUGGUGAGAAUUUGGUUAUUGGAUCAUCGUGUCCCAACACUAGUUGUCCAUUAUGAAGACUUGAUAAAGAACACGGUUGGUGAAGUCACCCCUGUAAAUGAUCAUUUCUUCCAUUUCAUCGCUUUUAUUAUGUGUAUAUUAUGGAAAGCCGUACGGGACCCUGCUGCGUCAAUAUAA